AUGAAUACUGCAAAUAUCAUAAAUCUACCUCAUGAAAUAAUAAAUCAAAUAAUUGGUUAUUUACCGAACUCACUUUUAGUGGAAUUGAAGGAUUUUCCUUUACUUAAGAAGUAUACAUUGCCCCAAUUGUAUUCUACGGUUGUAAUAGAAACUAAGAAUAUAAAUUCAGCUGAUUUUCAAACUGUCAGAAUAGAAGAGGUAAGAUUCCGGAAAGAUGGCUUUACAGAAGACGAAAGUACACCUAUUUUUGGCGAUAUCGAUAAUUUAAUUUCAUUUGUGAAGGAUAACCACAUUCCAUUCCCGAAAUAUAUCUAUUUUAAAAACCCAGUUGACAUCAUAUCGACGCAUAAAAGUUAUUGUGGUAUACUAGACAAUACCCACCUUCAAACAACAUUAAGAGAUCUCAAAUACAGCGGGAUUGACAUUGCCUAUGUAAUGAUGUUAAAGGAAUUGCCAUACAGAUUUGAUCGACUUGAUGAUUUUUAUGUCAUGGACGAAGAGAUCUAUGGAGAUAACAAAGCAUGGUGUAAAAAUUUAAGGAGAUUAGAAAUAUCAUUUGAAGCCGACUUUACUCCAGGUAAUUUCUUCCCAGAUAUGGAAUUUGAAAAUUUAAUUGAUCUUGUUAUUGGACCAAGAAUGUUAAAUGAAGAUAUGCGAUAUAUUCCGCGUAGUGUUAAAUAUUUGCUGUGCCCAUUGGAUCUAAGAGGAUUGGAGAGUGCAAUAGAUGCAGAAAGUCAGAUACAACUACCGAUAAAUCUACGAACAUUUCAAACUAAUGCAAGACACGAUAUUGAAUUUACGAUUGAUUUUCGGAGAAUGUCACUGCUUAUGAAUUUGACUUUUUUCAGUGCCAAAUGCAUUGCGAUAGAUUUCCCUUCAAGUAUGAGAGAAAUGAUAAUAUUUUCAAGAUUCGAUGUAUCAAAUCUCACACAACAGUGUUUGCGAUUGACUACUUUAUGUCUUAAUGAAGUAUUUGGAACUUUUGUUAGUUUCCCCCAAAAUUUGAAAAGUUUAAACAUUGACAUUCAAGCACUUCAAUAUAUGCUCACUGAGAUGGGGUUGGGAUACACUGCAUUACCUUCAAACUUGGAGGAUUUAAGAAUAUAUGGUUCAAAUGAAAAUGUUGACGAAUUUCUGAGUAUCUUUAAUUUUGAUUUCAAGCCGUGGAAGCAAUUGAAACGUCUAGAUUUGUCAUUUGCGUCAGGCAUACAGCUAGAGAAGUUUUCUCUCCAGAAUUUUCCCAAAUCUAUGACCCAUUUGAAGAUGGGGAACUGGGGAAUUGGGAAUAUAAUUGGAAAAUUUACUGAUCUCCCUUAUCUUCAAGACAUUGACUUGUCUAAUAAUAGAUUGUCUGGCUAUUUCAGUGCACAGAACAACUUGUUAUAUGAUUCAGAGGGUAAUAUUUUUGGUCCCAAUAUUAAGUGGGUUCAACUAAGUGGAAAUAGAUUCACUGACGCCAAUCUAAGAAUUGUUAUGAAUGAUCUCAUGAAGAAACCGCAUUUUCAAAGUUUAGUGAUUGAUCAAGAGGUUAUCCCAGAAGAUAUGAAAUAUUUAGAAGACAAGACUUAUAUUACUGCUUUAAAUAAUGAAUGGUAUCUGUGA